CUUUAGCGAGCAAGAAAGGACCAUGGAAUUUCGAGACCUAGCGCUCACGUUAAAUCAGAUUUAUUUUUUUAAAAGAGUGAAAGGCUAACGACUCUAGAUACCACAGUCACAGUACCGGUGUUUAAUCGUUGGUUGGUGUUUUACGGCAUUGCAUCGACAUAAGGGUUUAUAGGUAAAUUAGUCAGUUUAGCGCCCGCGAUUGAAACGCACUGUUGGAAUAUACAUUGCGAUUCACAAUCUGUGAUAGACAUGUCAUCCUGCCAUGCGAUUACCAUAACUGGCUUUAUAUCAGAUUUACACGUCAGUUUGGGUUCAGUGACACCCAGUGAUGGAAAACAUAAUGAGCACAUCGUGUUGAAACGUACCUUUGCAUGCUAUUAAUUCCAGCGUUUAAUAAGCCAAGGGCACGUCGUAAUGCAAUUUCUGAUUCGUGACGUUUAAAAAUGCCAGGGAUGACUUUUCCAGGCGUGGGCCAUGUCUGCGGCGGGGGGUUGCACAAUUUGAACUUCCCUCCUAGUCCUAAUGAGGGUUUUGUAAUAACGCGGAAAGGAAAUGAGACUUGACCGUCUUUGGCAGCAGGAUUAAGGCAUGUGACAUUUAUGUGCUGGUGCACGGUCCGUCACCGGCUCACAUGCCACAGUGCUGCUAUUGUGGUUCAGUCAGUGGCAGCGGGAGGCAGCUGACUGGAAGUUCCUACCGCAGCUCACACAGAAGUACAGAAGCUGAAACCAUAAUCUUGCUGUCCGAACAAAACAACGUAGGGAGGGAAAAAAAACAGUCUCUCACCCUCACCGGAAGUCUACGCUACUCAAAAUGGACGAGGCAGCCCUGACCAUCAACAAUGAGCUGCAAAGUGGGAUAGUUGUGUCCUGGUUGUCUGAUCAUUGCUAUCAGUGCCUGUUCCAGCCCCUGGGCGUGGUACCAGCAGCCCAGGAGCCUGGGCUGACCAACUCCACAGACGUCACCGUGGGAACGCAGCAUCCCCUGACCCUGCAGGUCAACGGCUCCCAGGUGAACCACGAGCUGUGCAGAAUCCACUUCCACUUUGGAGAGCAUGGUAACUACUCCCUGUGGGUGAGGGACCUGAACGACUCCGUGGUCAACUGCUCCAUGGUGACAGACAGGGAACCUGUCAACAGCUACCUGCCCAUCCUGGUUGCAUUCCUGGUAUAUGCUGGAUUAUCUAUUUUGGUGGCCAUCGGAAGCGCCGUGAUGAGGCUCAAUGUCGUAAGGAAUCUCCUGUUUCGACUGGGAAACACCGUGGAAACGGAGAGACUCAUAAACUCGGAGCUGGGCUCUCCCAACAGAACUUUGGAGUCCUCGUCUGAUUCGCCAAUACCGCCGACCGCCACCAGCAGCAGGCUGCGCUCAUUGGACACCUUCCGUGGCCUCUCGCUGGUGAUCAUGGUGUUUGUGAACUACGGUGGCGGGAGGUACUGGUUCUUCAGACAUGAAAGCUGGAACGGGCUCACGGUGGCCGAUUUGGUCUUUCCCUGGUUCGUCUUCAUCAUGGGCACCUCCAUCUCCCUGUCGGUGAGUGGAGCCCUCCACCGGGGGUCCUCACGCAGACGGCUCUUCGGGAAGGUCCUCUGGAGGAGCCUGCAGCUCUUCCUCAUCGGAGUGCUCGUCAUCAACCCCAACUACUGCCAGGGACCCUUGUCCUGGGACUCUCUGCGGAUUCCUGGGGUUCUGCAGCGCCUGGGCUUCACCUACCUGUGUGUGGCAUCUCUGGACCUUUUGGUGGCCAAGACCAGACUGGACAACAUCCCCACGGAUGCAUGGUGGUACUCGGGGCGGGACUUCCUGUUGUACUGGCCUGCCUGGAUCUGCGUUAUUGUCAUGGAAACAUUGUGGCUAUGUCUGACCUUCGCGCUUCCGGUCCCGGGCUGCCCGACUGGAUAUUUGGGUCCGGGAGGGAUAGGAGACUUUGGACAGUACCCGAAUUGCACCGGCGGAGCUGCCGGCUUCAUCGACCGCUGGCUCCUGGGGUCGAGCCAUAUCUAUCAGAACCCGUCGUCGAGGGUCCUCUACCAGUCCAGAGUGCCGUAUGACCCAGAGGGGGUGCUCGGAAGCAUCAGCUCUGUCAUCAUGGCGUUCUUAGGGCUACAGGCUGGAAAGAUUAUUUUGCACUAUAAGGACCUUCACUCAACAAUCAUGACCAGGUUUCUCAUGUGGGGUUUUGCAUUGGGAAUCAUAUCUGCCAUUCUGACCAGGUGCUCGAAAGACCAAGGAUUCAUCCCCAUCAAUAAGAACUUAUGGUCCCUGUCCUACGUCACCACCCUCAGCUGCUUCGCCUUCGUGGCCCUCUGCCUCAUCUACUACGCGGUGGACGUGAAGAGGUGGUGGUCUGGCGCUCCAUUCUUCUACCCUGGAAUGAAUUCCAUCCUGGUCUACGUCGGCCAUGAGGUUUUCGAAGAGUACUUCCCCUUCAGGUGGAGAAUGAUCAACAGCCAAUCACACGGCGAGCAUCUGGCCCAAAACCUGGUGGCCACGUCCGUAUGGGUGCUCAUCGCCUACAUGCUGUACAGGAAGAAGAUCUUCUGGAAGAUCUAGCCGCCCGCACUGGAGAGAGGCCUGAAUGACCCACCUGACGGGUUCCUGGGAAACCAGGUGCACACCUGCCAACGUCUAACUCAACCUCACAGGAGGGCCCAUCAACCAGGGCCAAACAUUCAGGAUAUACUUAGGACUGGGGAACCGGGGGGGGAGGGGGGGUGCGUUCUGGAAUAUUACUGCAUACAGUCCUGUAACAGUAUCUCAGUGCUGCCAAACUGUCCUACAUCUAAAUGCCACAGGGAUUUGUGUGUGUGUGUGUGUGUGUGUGUGUGCGUUUGUGUUAGUGUGUGUGUGUGUGUGUGUGCAUGUGCGUUUGUGUGUGUGCUGCUCUAAAAAGGUUUACUCAUGUAUUAGGGUCACCUCAAAGGCUCGGCUCGAGCGAGUUGCUAUUGGUUCAUUAUACUCCAUGGUGCUUUACACUUUCUUUUGGUUUUAAGGGUCUGCUGCGCUUAAAUUAACUGGCUUUGGGAAAAGGGCCGUCAGCCAGGAGCCAAAUCGCGCUAUGCUAACACCUUACUUUUUCCUCAGCCAUUGAAAAAGUAUUACUUUAAAUGCUGGAAUUAAAAGUACACUGGCAAAAGUCUAAGUUCCAUGAUAGUUAAGAUAUUGAUUUUAGACAUUCAUGAAAAGUUUGACCAGCAGAGCAAAACAGUUAAAUGUUCUCUUUUCAGAGAUAUGUUCUGUUUGCUCCCUGGGCACUACACAUUUGGAGGUUUCCAUGGGUACGGGAGCUAUAUGUAGACAAGAGAGGUCCUGAUCUUGAAACUCACAAUUUUCCCAACCUAAUGAGCAGGAGGGGGAGAUAUGGGUGCCCUGUAUCCUGUACCCUGUACCCAAGUCAGGACAUCAGCGCUCCUUCUCAUUUUAAAUGUGUUCCAAGUCUUCUUCAAACCAGGCGUCAUUCCUUCCAAACUCCACAUACAAGAGACAAAAACGUGGAUUGAAAAAUUCAAGUUAAUGUUGUGAUUUGUGCACACAAAUAUUUAUAUUUAAAAGAAACAAAAUGGAGAUAGUUUAAACGGCUGCUGUUGUAUGCAUUCACAGAUAUGAAUGAAAUUGGUUACUCUUUUAUAUCAUGUUAAUGUAAAUAGUUUAUCAUUUUAGUACUAUUGUAAGUGUUCUUUAAUUGAUUAUUAUUGCUGCAUUUCAUUUCUCUCGAAGUUUUGUAAAUUGUAUGUUUUUUGAAAAAUAAACAUUUUAUGUCACUAUUUUCUUUAAUAAAAUAUUUCAUUAUCAAAA